CCCCGCUGCGGCCGCUUCUCCUCAGCGGGCGCCUCACGCUCGCUCGGCGGAUCCUAAACUCUCGGCUCCCCGCGUCCGAUUUGUUAUUUCACCCCAUUGUUUUGUCGAAGUUUUCCGACUGUCACGCUUUGCCCGCGGACCCUCCUCUCGCCUCCCCGUGGGAUUAAUCGUCUCAGCUCCACAUUCAAUAAUUCAACAGCGUGCCAGUGCGUGUGGAGCUGGGUCUUUCUGGAGUGUUUUUUUGAGGCGGUGAAGGCGACGCUCGGACCUGCCUCCGCCAUGGGGAUAUAGCGGGGAUCUGUCGGUGGAAGCGACCCCGUGAUUGUGACUUUCCCCCUUGUUUCAUGUUGGUGUUUGAAGAGACCGAGCUCUGUUUUCGCAACAAAAAACGAUGAGCAUGGAUGGUUGCGCGCUGAAGGUGGGGAUUUUCCUCUGGUGCCUGCUGGUGAUUUCAGGCUCCAGCUUCGAGAUCGGCUCCUACGACCUGGAGCGCGGCAGACCGGCCAAGUGCGAGCCCAUCUCGAUCCCCAUGUGCCAGGGGAUCGGCUACAACCUGACCCGCAUGCCCAACUUCAUGGACCACGACGACCAGAAGGAGGCUGCCAUCAAGCUGAACGAGUUCGCCCCCCUGGUGGCCUACGGCUGCGACGUGCACCUCCGCUUCUUCCUCUGCUCCCUCUACGCCCCCAUGUGCACGGACAAGGUGUCGACCUCCAUCCCCGCCUGCAGACCCAUGUGCGAGCAGGCCAGGGAGAGGUGUGCCCCCAUCAUGAAGAAGUUCAGCUACACCUGGCCCGACUCGCUCGACUGCUCCAAGCUGCCCACCAGGAACGACCCCAACGCCCUGUGCAUGGAGGCACCCGAGAACGAAACCAGGACGGAGGUCAAGAAGGGCGAGGGCAUGCUUCUUGUGCCCCCUCGCCCCAGGCAGCCGGGCACCAGCGGCGCCCGCUCACCGGGGAUAGUGGGCUCCUGCGAGAACCCGGACAAGUUCCAGUUCGUGGAGAAGAGCCAGUCGUGUGCGCCUCGCUGCUCCCCGGCUGUAGAUGUCUUCUGGUCCAGACAGGACAAGGACUUUGCCUUCAUCUGGAUGACGGUGUGGUCCACCCUCUGCUUCGUCUCCACCGCGUUCACUGUUCUGACCUUUCUCCUGGAGCCCCACCGCUUCCAGUACCCAGAGCGGCCCAUCAUCUUCCUCUCCAUGUGCUACAACGUCUACUCCGUGGCCUUCAUCAUCCGCUCGGUGGCAGGAGCUGAAAACAUCGCCUGUGACCGGGAGCAUGGCGAGCUCUACAUCAUCCAGGAGGGGCUGGAGUCCACAGGCUGCACCAUCGUCUUCCUCAUCCUCUACUACUUUGGCAUGGCCUCCUCCAUCUGGUGGGUCAUCCUCACCCUCACCUGGUUCCUUGCUGCGGGAAAGAAGUGGGGCCACGAGGCUAUCGAAGCCCACAGCAACUACUUCCACAUGGCUGCUUGGGGCAUCCCUGCUCUAAAGACCAUCAUCAUCCUCACAAUGAGGAAGGUGGCCGGCGAUGAGCUGACAGGGCUGUGCUACGUAGGCAGUAUGGACUCAGGGGCCCUCACAGGCUUCGUCCUCAUCCCUCUCUCCUGCUACCUGGUCAUCGGCACCUCUUUCAUCCUCACGGGCUUCGUGGCUCUCUUCCACAUCCGCAAGGUGAUGAAGACGGAGGGCACCAACACGGAGAAGCUGGAGAAGCUCAUGGUGAAGAUUGGCAUCUACUCCAUCCUCUACACGGUGCCUGCCACCUGCGUCAUAGUCUGCUACUUCUACGAGAGGCUCAACAUGGACUACUGGAAGCUGAGGGGGCUGCAGAUGAAGUGCGGCUCGUUCAACGGCCACAGCGGCGAGUGCUCGCUGCAGGCGUCCGUGCCCACUGUGGCCGUGUUCAUGCUCAAGAUCUUCAUGUCGCUGGUGGUGGGCAUCACCAGCGGAGUGUGGGUCUGGAGCUCAAAGACCCUGCAGACCUGGCAGGGCCUGUGCAGCAGGAAGCUGACGGACAGGACUAGUAGCAGGAAACCCUGCAGCGGCGUGAGCUGCGGCAGCACGCACUGCCACUACAAGUCUCCUGCUGUGGUUCUGCACAUGGCCAAGACUGACCUGCACUCAGACAACCCCACACACGUCUGAGAGGGAGCACGCAGCGACACACACACACACACUGCAAAAUGAAAACACAAAUGUACACACACACCUAAUGCCCUGUGUAAGGAGCUGCUAAAGACUUUAUGAGAAGAAGAGUGGUUGAACUGUUCUGCUGCUGCCAAGGGACACACAGGUACAGGCAUGAGAUACUAGCUAUUAACAGUAUUUAAAGCAUAAAGGGAAACGUUCAAUAUUGUUACACAUAUUUUUCUGUUCAUAGUGUUCUGUGGAGAAAACAUGCCCAGUGUUGCAAAGUAAAAAAAGAACGAGACUGUUAUGGGAGGCAUCUUGGGAAAUGUCGGUCUGUCCUUCUCCUCCUGAAAGUGGCAUGUUUUACUGUAUAAAUCUGUAUAAAAGUUUUAUUUAUUGUAAAUAUAUUUAAUUUAAAGUUCACCUUGCCUCUUAUCAGAUUUGUUGUUUAGAUAUGUUUAUUAAAGGUCAAGGGAAUUUAAGUGCCUUUUCUAAGAACUCUGGUUCUGGCCUUUUUGGUGGAUAAUAAAUUUGUGGAAUUCAUGUUCAA